AAGGCUCAGGCGUCCGUCAGAGAAACGGUUGACAGCAGCGAGUGUGUAGGCCAGAGUGGGUAAACAAGGUAAACGUUUGAGAAAGUAACGGAAACGGCGGCGGUGUUGAGGAUAGAUCUUUACCCCUUACGAUGUUUAACGUUGAUUUACGGUGUUUUGUGGUUCAUUAACGGGUUUCUUUUAGCAGGGGAGAGUCUGCGCACCUGUCAGAGCUAAAUAGGUUAACCUUGCUAACCUAAGCUAGCACACUGCGAAGCUAGUAGCCCGCCCAGGUUAGCUCAGGUAGGCGGCCGACCAUGUCGUCGCCGUCCUCCUCCAGGCGCCAGUGGUGCUACCUGUGCGACCUGCCGAAGAUGCCCUGGACGGUGGUGUGGGACUUCAGCGAGGUGGUCUGCCGCGGAUGCGUCAACUACGAGGGCGCGAACCAGAUCGAGUUCUUGAUCGCGAGCGCGCGGCAGCUGAAGCGCAGCCACAGCAUGCAGGACGGCAGCGUCCGCUCGCCCGGUCCUUCGCUCAACAAGCAAGGAGCACCCGCCAGAGGAGAGGCGGGGGCAGACGGAGCCAGGACGCACAACGAGCGCUUCGAGCGGGGAGGCAGAGCCGAGAGCGGCGGCUCGACGGCGCGAGUGCCGCCCAACGGGCUGCACCGCGACGGGCAGCCCGCUCAGGAGGUGAACCGCCAAAGCCCCAGCCUCAGCCGCAGACCCAUGCUGGGGGCAGCCAUACCCCCCAGUUUAGUGACUCAGAGCAUCGCGGGGAUCCCGCACGGGCUGUUUGCGGGCGUGCCCGCGGGUCUGACCGCAAGAACAGCCCCCAUGAGCAGCCCCAUGAUCUUCCCCGCCCCGGUGCUGGCGGAAAUGAGCCGGAGGCAGCAGCUGGGGAUGGGGAUGGGGAUCCCUCCGUUCAUGACCCAGGAGCUGGAGCGGGAGCUGAACUCCUCGCAGAGCAAGACGCAGGCGCACACCACCGCCACCGUGACCGGCAGCAGCUCCAGCAAAACCCUCCCCUCUUCCUCCUUCUCCAUGGCCGGGGGCGUGAGCCAGACCAGCCCCAAACCCGCCUCAUCGCCCGCCAGGCAGCCACGACCCCCAACAGCCAGGUCCGGAGGGGAGCCGCUGGGAUCCAGCACGUCAGCGGAGGCCACCACCACAGCCGCGGCUUUGCCCAACAGCGGGGCGUCUGAGCAGGGGGGGGCGUCUGCCAGCAGCACCCUCUCGGGCGGAAACACUCUGUCGUGCACCCUGUGCCACGAGCGGCUGGAGGACACCCACUUCGUUCAGUGCCCCUCUGUGCCGGGACACAGGUUCUGCUUUCCCUGCACCAGGGUGUACAUCCAGAGCCGGCGAGGCGACGGCGAGGUGUACUGCCCCAGCGGGGAGCGCUGCCCUCUGGAUAACUCCCCCAACAGCCCCCCGUGGGCCUUCAUGCAGGGAGAGGUCUCCACCAUACUGGGCGCAGGCGCAGCUCCCGCCGCAGCAGGCCAAGCAGCCGCAGCCGGGUCGGGCCCUGCGGCGCCGUCUGUGAACGCAGACGUCGCCGUCAAGAAGGAGCGAGAGACGUGAUGUUUAGCAGAAUCUCCUUCAAGACGAGGUUUGUUCUCUGCUGGAGGUCCCAGAGGAGGAGGCGUGCCCUUAAAAGCAGCGGCGUUCUCAGCAGGUCCGUCUCCAGAGACUGCCUUCACCCCACCCCCUCAUUCCAAACCUCAUAGUCUUCAUGUAAAGAGAAUGUAACACGAAGCUUCUGUCACGCCGCUCGCCAUCCAACGCAUUGACUUUACCCUCAGCAUCCUGCAAACGACGGCUGGGCUCAGACCUUCAGGUUCCUCUUCGCCGCUGAGGAUGAGGAACCUCCUCGCCAUACUUCUCCUCAGACUGUUUUACCCCAAACGGUGCUUCGUGUACAGAGGAGUCUGCUCUCCGAUUCGCCGCACGGACGUUCAGAUCCGACGUUUGCCAUCAUGCUGGGAUUUUGACGGACGAGUGCAGAACGCUAAAUCCAGGAAGUUCCUGAAUCUGUUUGAGAUUUUCUCCUUUCUGUUAAUAUUUACACACAAAUGCUCAUCGUACUUUAGGCGGCAGGACGCUCCAAAUCUGCUACGAGUUUGAUUCCCAGCCGGUUUGUUGGUUGGUUUUUGUCGGCAGCACUUAGCGGGAAAAUGAAAGUAGCUGCAGUCGGGGCAGUUCCCCCAGCGACCACCAGGUGGCUUUUUACACAAACGAGUCUCGACCUGUUUGAAUGUAAAAACCAUAAACUAACUCGGUCUUCGGGUUUUGUUUUCACGCCUCCUUAAAUCAAAGUUGACCGCCUUUGAUUGACAGGUGAAAGUAGAACGGCUCUACUGUGUGGAAGAGCCGUUUAGCCCCGCCCCUUUUCUCGAGCGAAGGUUGCAAACGUUUCCGAGUCACAAUAUCAGCUUUUUUUUAACCUUCCGGCUUCCUGUAACCUGAAUCGACGACGCCUGUCCAGCAGGGGCGCCGUUUCCACCUCUUUGAUGACAAUCUCCAGAGAUGACAGAAUCCUAAUCCCAUAACGGGAUUUAGAUUAAACAAUGAUCUUAAAGGUAAACGUUGCUCUGAAACGACAGAUUUCUGUUGAGGGUUUUUGCUCAAACAUCAAAGCAGAGACUAAAUCGAAUCCAGCCUACGCUUUACCCCGAAUGUAAACAGAGCUAGAGGAUCUUAUUUUCUACUAGAAUGUUCCGUGUCAUAUCCUGUAAAGAAACGGUAACCGCAUAGACGUGCAAUCCCUUCGUCCUAGUAUAUGCAACAAGACGCCGCUCCGCCAAACCCGAGGAAGGAAAAAAAACGCGGCUUCGGGUUUUUUUUCCCGGCAGACUCUCCCUCUGAGCGGGAAACGUCCGCACAGAACCUCACCAACCAAAGGCCACUCUGAGGCCGACCCGAUUCUCCUGGAUGUAAAUGCUUUAGGAAGCGGAUAAAUCUAUAGACAAGUCCUUAUUUCUAGACCAACUAGUUCUACCGUUCCUGGAUUUGAAGCUCGCCGCGUUCAGCAGGGAUCAGCCCACCAAUCGGGUUUGUUGUUUAAAAAAAAAAAUCUUUUUGGAUGAGAUUGAGUUUGAUUAUGCACUGAACCGUGAUGCAAUCCCUCGUCAAGUGCCUUUAGAAGAUGUUUACCAUCAGGUGGUGUCUGGGAUCCUCAGGGGUGAUGUGGACUCUUCAUUGUUAAAUCCGCCGCUGGUUCGAAACCCCUUUCGACGAGGCGGCUUUUCCUUUCCUCCGAAGCUUUGUGGGUGGAUGGUUCUCUUCCCUGUUUCUGUAGGUCUGUUGGUUUUACUUGCAGCUUCAUGUACAAAACAGAAAUAAACAGGACGGACAAACCUGUGCGUUUCUCCCGACACUAA